UUUUUUUUUUUUGAUUUUUUUUUUAUAAAAGAAGAACCCCUUUGGCUUUCAUAUAUAUUUAAAUAAAACAAAGUAAAGUUAUUUACAUCAACCCUUGUACCAUCCUAUAAUCAUUGAAGUUUUUCAAUUUUCUUUUGCAGUUUUACGCGUGCGCCAUCAAAAAACAACUGGCCCAAAAGUCUUCCUUUCUUCUUCUUUUCCCCAAUAUAUUCAGCAUUCACUGGUCAAUUGAAGAAUCAUGGCAUACAGAAAGUUUUAUAAACGGGGAGGAGCAUCCAAUGCAUCCACGGGCAGAAGUGGGGCAGCCGUGACGUCCACGGGAGGCAAAGACGUGGUGAUAGAAUUAGAUAAGAAGAAGCAAGUAACGGUCAGACAGUUCAAUGGGAUCAAUUUGGUGGACAUACGAGAAUUCUACUUUGAUAAGGAUACCAAGGAGAAAAAACCUGGGAAAAAGGGGAUAUCACUAACAGAGGACUCGUGGCUUAAGUUGGUGGAAAACCAAUCAAAUAUCCAAGAUGCCUUGGAUAGGUUUAACGGACUUGGAGCAAGCAGUGGGACAAUCGAGCCCCCUACCAAAAAGCCAAAAACCGAAAAGAAACCGGCAGAAAGUGAAGAGGAGGAAAACGACGAUGACGAAUUUGAAGACGUCACUGAAGCUAAGCCCAAUAACCUCAACAACAAAGCUGAAGCAGAACCGGAAUCAGAAUCAGAAGAAGAGUAAAACCGUGAAUAAAUACAAUUAUAUACGAUAUCAAUUGAAUUAUAUUUUUCUGUAGUUUCACUGACUUGAUUGGUCAUACCAGAAGGAAAGGGUCCUUUUUCAGCCUUCUUCUAUUUAUAUCCUCCAGGUCUCAUUACACCAUUUGCAAAGCCACCUCCCACCCAAACCAGUUGCAAAAAUCGCGAUAUUACCAACAGCUCCUUCUGCUUCCUGGUGACUGUUGCAAUAUCAGGCUAUUUGAAAUUGAAA